CCCGGAGGAGAGCGCCGGCUGGGUGAUCGGAGAAGAACGGCGGCUUUGGUAGGAUCGCUCGAUCGGUCGACAUGGACAGGCCAGAUCGCCACCAGCUCUUCAUGCCGCUGCCGGUGCAGCAGCAGCAGCUGUGCGCGCCCAUGAUGAUGGACGAGCAGGCGUCGUUCUUGGCGGGGAGGGCCGCCGCCGGCGGAGGCGGCGGGGGACGAGGUGGAGGUGGAGCGGCGGGGAGGGGCGGGGAGAGGAAGCGGCGGUUCACGGAGGAGCAGAUACGGUCGCUGGAGUCCAUGUUCCACGCGCACCACGCCAAGCUGGAGCCCCGGGAGAAGGCGGAGCUGGCGCGGGAGCUGGGCCUGCAGCCGCGGCAGGUGGCCAUCUGGUUCCAGAACAAGCGCGCCCGGUGGCGCUCCAAGCAGCUCGAGCACGACUACGCCGCGCUCCGCGACAAGUUCGACGCCCUCCACGCCCGCGUCGAGUCCCUCAAGCAGGAGAAGCUCGCCCUCACCGCACAGUUGCAAGAGCUAAGCGAGAGGCUGCGGGUGCGGGAGGACCACCGCGCCGCCAGUGGCAGCGUCGACGUCGCGGCGACGGCUAGCAGCAGCAGCUGCAACGGCGGCGGCGGGGAGGCGGAGGACGACAAGAGGAAUGUCGUCCUCCGGUGCGUCGACAUGGAGCCGCCCGAGAGCUGCGUGCUCGGCGGGGCGUGCGCGACGCCGGCGGACGUCUCGGUGGAGGAGUCCGAGUGCGACGACCACCACCACCGGUACCGCCUCGACUACGACGACGGGUUCCCGGAGUCCUUCUGCGCGACGCCGGAGCUGUGGGAGCCCUGGCCGCUCCUGGAGUGGAAUGCGGUCGCCUGAAACGGUGGAAGCCCAAGCUAGUACAUAGGCUUGCGUGUGUAAGAUACGUGCAUGCUGGAGCCAUGGCGCUCUCAGAUGGAACCGGCCGGAGGAGAACGGCACGGGAGCCGGGCUGUGCUAAUGACGAGUGGGCCCCGGCGUCAGGCCGGGAGUGAGAAGGCGUAACGUUCAAGCGAUGGAACCUCGGAGACGAUCAGCCAAUGGGAUUAGUGCUUUCGAUCUGCAAAGGUUAUUGGAAUUCAUUAGAGGCGCUCAUUGUCAUUGGUAGGUCGACUGCUAGAGUUGCACUAGAAUGCAGCUUUGCUGUUUCCCUUUGGAAUUCAAAGUUAGAUAAUAUAAUAAUCGAAGCAUAUAUGCUCGCUUGAUAAAUACUAUAUUUAUAGUGUUCGCGUGUACGUA